AUGGCGUCUGGAGGAGAUUCUGACGAUGAGAUUUCAAUCACAUCCACCGAUGAUGAGAACGGUGACGAGCUGUUCGUCGACAAGGUCCUGGCGGAGAGGCACGUUAACGGAGAGCCCCGCUGUCUGAUCCAAUGGAAAGAUCUCCCCAUAGAAGAGGCAACCUGGGAGCCCAGAGGAAAUUUAACGGAUGAGCUCAUGGGAAUCUGGGAGCAGACCAAGGCAGACGAAAGAAAUGGGCUGGUGCCAAAGUUCAGGUUUCAGGACUGGAAAGAUGCCGUCAAGAAGAGCUACGAGUCAAAGCUUGCCCGACACCACCUUCGCAACCUCGUGCGCGCAAGACGCGGCUAUCCCCAGACGACAAUGUUGACGAUGCAUGAGUUUCUGCAGUUGCUCAGCGAUUAUCCGGAAGAAGAAGAAGAAGAAGAAGAAGCUGGUCAGAUUGAUCCAACCCCUGCACAGAUGGGCCUGCAGCAAAGCCUGUCAGAAAACCCGCCGGCUUCUUAUACAGAUCAGUCCGCGAUGAUCUCAGAAACUUCGACAAUAUUGAUUGAAGAUUCUCCUUCUCCCCAGGAACCUAUGCGGGAGGGGCUUUUCGGAACACCUGAUGAGACCAGGACAACCAGCCCACCAGAGACAUUACCCGUGAACCCCCCGGCCCCGUUAAAGUCAGCCUUAAAGAGUUCCGAGACCACGACGCGAGCUUCUGUGAGAUUCAUUCUUCCACCCACAGGGACUUCUCGUGAGGUGCCUAGGAGACACAUCCCAUCAAAUCGGGCGGCUGCAGCAAGAUCAACAGGGUACGCAAAUGUCUUCGCCGGCGGUCGUACUCGCAAAGGGAGAGGAACGUUGAGUGAAGCAGCGGCAAACCCAGAAGUCAACCCUAAAUUCUUAAAUUCGCGACUCAAAAGGAAGAUAGAGUUACAACGUCGAGAUAGAGAGGGGAUCAAGGCACCAACAAGUCACCCUUCUGAACUGAUCUCUCUUGACCACAACAACCCACAAUUAUCAGCCAAUGGUUCCAAAGAUGAUGAUCAAAUCAACGGGAAACGCAAAUCUCCAACAAAGGGCGUUGCUCACUGGGAAGACGAGCCGAUGGAAAUCGACCCAAGGGAUAGCCUGUUUGUAUCUGAUCAGACUCCUUCACUGGCUUCAGAUGCCUCAGACGACGAAAUGACCCAGCCAGAUACUGAUGAUGGCGAAGAGCAGCCAGAAUAUCAAGCAAUAAGCAAAACUGUGCAACUAGGUCCCAAAAAACUAAGCACGAUCACUCUCUCUUUUGAUGGGAUACCCCUGGAACGAGGUCUCGCUUGGGCAGAGCAGUUUCGUUCAGAUGAGCGACUCGUUUUCACACAUACUUGCAAUUCUCGGGAUCUCUUUUGCCAGACAGGCAUGAACGGCAGCCUAUCAGUGGUACAAUUAUGCGAAGGCACUGUUGCAUCAUAUACGGAGCUUAACGCCCUCAAAAGCUUAGCGAGUAAUCUCAGACUCGGGUCUUUGGGAUUGCUAAGUUGUAGCGAAAACUUCUGCGUGUACAUGUUCUUCCCUGAAAAUGCAGAUGGCCAAGCAACACAAGACGGCGAUGACACAGUCCUCAAAUACCAUAUUUUCAAGCCAGUUGAUUCCUUGACUCCGUCCAUGCUGGCCUCCGCUUCACAGCUGAUGGCGGCAGACAAGAGCGACAAAGAUCCAGCAUUUUGGUCAAGACCUUUGAAUGAAAUCUUUGGCCAGAAAUAUGAGCAGCUACUCCCCGUUCACGUAAGAGAUGGCGAGAAACACAACUUCUUCUUGGCCUUCCCCAAUCGUGCCGAACAAGAAGCUUUCCUAUUAAGCGGGUGGCUGCGAGAUAACCGGAGCGACUGCGAUAUUCGGGUCAGUUACACAGGAGGUUCUUGGUCUAGCUUCGUAAAAAUGGCCAAUGGGAUUGUCAUUAUUCAUGAAGAUAUGCUUUGGGCAAUACGAAAAAUCCCCAGAUUACACGACCUUUUACAUGGGCGCAGAACACACUUCACGUUUUGGAUGUUCAGCCGCUCUCUUUUGCCCGUUCAUUCACUAGGUUCUGAGGGCUCGCCAGCGUCCCCUCUGGGCGACAUCCGCCUUUACCGUGUGUUUGAUCCUGGGGCAGCCUUCUUGAUCACGCCGAGCUUCUUGGUCUCUGAGCCAGAGCAUGCGUAUUCGUUUUUGAAGUGGUUCUGGAACAACUACGUCAAAACUUUCGACGUGAGCCGACCCAGGAAGUUGGUUCUGUGCGCAAAGAUUGACGAAUGGAUGAACAACCUAUACCUGGAGCAGAUGUCGGUGAGACGCAAGCAUCCGCCUAACGCGCCAGAGGAGGAACUCAGCGUCAAGGGCAUAUCCGAUAAGGCCAUCGAAUGCCGAUGGAAGUCUUUCAAGCUCAUCCAACAGCUUGUUGCAGAUGCUCCCGACGAAAAUGCCGGAAGUAUUAUCCUCGCACCCGAAGCAAUAGAUGGCAACGAUGAGCAAAGCUUGGUCAACUGGUUCGGCGAGUGGUCCACCUUGAACAUAGAACAGUACCGAAGAUAUACUGUCAUAGGCUGUGGCUGGCAAACCGAAACACGGCUCUCAAGAACGCUUCGGGCACCAAUUUACGAAGACGGCGUCGUAAACGAUCCGGACGAAGCACUGUCCGGUGUCCCAACCCAACCCGAAUCGUCGACGCCUCCAUCUGGGCCAGGGGCAGUUAAAGAAGACAAAAGCUGGUACAUAAAAACUCGACUGUUUGAAAUGAUAGAGGAGUUCAAACGGGGAGCAUUCACGCCCGUGAAAUUGUACCUGUUUCCCGUGGCAUAUUCGACGUCAGAUGUUAGUUUCCGGCUUGGAGACAUCGCGCAAAAAUAUAGUACAUAUGAACAGUGGUUUCAUUUUUACUGGAGAGUGUUUGACACCUCCCGCAGACAUAUGCACAAUUCGUACGCAGGGCUGUUUUACACCUUUGAUGAGCGGCAGGCUUCGUCGCGUACAUUUCACAGCGUCCAACGAUCCCCGUGGGCUGCUCUAUUCCGUCCGGUUAACCCACAUAUGCGGCCUUGGAAGAGUUUAGAGCUGUUCAUAUGGGAUAUUAAUCAUUCAGAAAGCACCAGGAAAGGCAGAACUUUUUGCUACGCUGAUCUUCUCGAAGGCCAGCAACGCUUGAUAGACCACAUACAAGAAAGGGUACGAGACAGACUCCCGCUUGAAAAGGUCUGGGUGGGCGCUGUUGGGGCCGGGGCCAAGCCUAGUGGUGUAACUGAUCUGGAUAUCACACUGCAAUGGCUUGAUGGCGUAAUGACGAAAGUUAAGGACUGGAUACCUGCACCAGCCAAAGAUAUACCUGGUAGGGGAUGGAGUCUUGUCACUCCCGAGAGGUCGUCAAAGGAUCGGGAGGACAGAAGGGCUCCCGUCAGGAAUGAAGACGAUAUGAAGGGGAAUUUGCAGCUAGGAGACGGCGCACCAUCCCGAAAGAGAAUCUUCCAUCCACCACAGGGCCACGGUCAUUACAAAUAUACGAAAUGUCGAAAUCGGCUGCACCAGGCGGCACGAAAGUUCGACCCUAAGCUGGAAGGGAAGAGCUUCGAGUAUACCUUCAGGCCAACAAUAGACUGGUACGCCGAGCAAUGUGAAGAGGGCCGCGGGUUUGAACAUAUCAAGGUAAUGGCAUGGAGAGAUGUUUUUCAAGUUUACAAAAUCGAGGAGUUUUUUCAGAAACGAAGCUGA